UUGUUUGCUCGGGUCCGCAGUCGCGUCAGUCUGUGCAUCCAGCAGGAGUCGGGGAGAAAGGGAAAGAAAGUGAGAUAUUUGUUUAGACCUUUUAUGUUCUUUUAAGAGAUGUCUAGGUACCACAAAGCAGCAAUUGAUGGACACUUGGACAUCUUGAAGGAGGCCACAAGGCAGGACCUGAACGCUAGGGAUGAGGAUGGCAUGACUCCCACCUUACUGGCAGCUUUCCAUGGACAUAUCGAUGCUCUACAGCUCAUAUGCAGCAGAGAAGGAGACCCCAAUAAGAGUGACAUCUGGGGAAAUACACCGUUGCAUCAUGCUGCUGCUAAUGGCCACAUGCAGAUCCUCAGCUUUCUGGUCAACUUCGGUGCCAACCUUUUUGCACUGGACAAUGAAUUCCACACAGCUAUGGAUGUUGCUGCUUCUCGUGACCACAUGGACUGUGUGCGCUUCCUAGACGCUUCUGCCUCGCAACAGACCAACCGAAAUGCUAAGAAGGUCGCCAAUCUUAAGAAGGAGGCUGUCAAAGAAGCAGAAAAGCGUGUGAAACACUGUGAAAAGGUGAAGAAGGAACACCAGAGCAAGAUGAAUAAAAUGCACCGUGGAGCAGGCAAUACUCGGUCUGUCUCAGAGGCCAGCAUGGCAUCAGCACUCUCAAGCGGUGGUACCAUGACUGGCAUCAAUGAACAGUUCUCCAAGCUUAUCGCUGCUGAUAAAUCCGGCUCUCUUACAGCCACACUCCGGAAGAAGCUUGGUAAGAAAGAUAAAGGCACACUGCAGAGGCCAGGAGGAGAUGGGAACGUUAUUUUCUUCAAACAGCAGAGUGGAGCAACUGAGAAGCCAGAGUUUCUUGAUGUCUUUGAUGAGCAGGAUGAGAGCAUGUUAGAUGAAGAAGGAACGACAGGCUUUGAAGAUGAUGACGCCAGUGGAGAACUAGGACCUGUCAAGCAUUCCAUCUUCAGCCGGCCCGGCCUUGGAGAUCUGAUUUUCAUGAAGAAGAUGGGGCUGAUGUCACAGGACAUUCCCAGUGGGAAGAACGAAAGUCUUGGCUACCUAGUUCAGAACGAGUUGUCUGAUGCAGAGGAAGACGCUGCUAGCUUUGAGGGGAAUGGUGAUCUGCCCUGGGAUCAGGAAGACCUGGGACUGGAUGAUGAUGAGGACGAAACCUCUCCUUUAGAUGCGUUCUUGUCUGCCAUCUCCUUGCCAGAGUUCACCCUUGCAUUCAGUAGAGAGCACCUGGACCUGGAGGCGCUAAUGCUUUGCUCUGAUGAAGACCUGAAAGGCAUUCACAUCCAGCUGGGACCCAGGAAGAAGAUUCUGGAAGCGGUUGCUCGCAGAAAGAACACACUGGAGGCACCUGGCGUCAUUAAGGACACCUGCCUGUGAUCUAAAACAAACAUGAACAUUGAUUUAUAAUCCUGUUGGAAACUUAAUAUGAGUCUGUAUCUUUUGUAAAGAGAGCAAAUAGUUUAACUGUCUAUAUCAAACAAAGAUGAUUCUAUCGAAACUAAACAACAAUUUCCAGGAUUUCAGGUGAUCAAACUCAUUCCCUGUGGCGACCAUAGAAUAACAUUGUGCUCAGCAUAAUCCAUGUUAUGACCAAUUACAAACAGCAUGACAGGAGUGUUAGGACAUACAAUAUCAAGGAAUCAAGGUAGUGGAGCAGCCUUACGUCCAAGCUGCGUUAGCUUAGCUCUUAUCUGUACUGGGGCAGUUGCAUCGCUUGCGGGAGUGCUUGGUCCGGCUGGACUGGCUGGGCCAUCGGUCGGAAGAUGAGCAGCAAUUGCCCCCAUCUGCUGCACUAAAUCCAUUAUUUCUGUCAAAGAUAAUAUGUGCUUCAGCAAUAAAUGCAAAAAAUUUUAAUUUAAAAUUUAAUCAAAAAUGUAGCAAAGUUUGAAGGCCUUUGAAUCACCGUGGAUAUAAUAUCAAUAAUAUUUAUAAAAAUUGAUAAUAUCAAUCAUAUAACAAUAGCCUCCAUAAAUCUGGUUGAAAAUUACAAGAUUAUAAAAAUGGCCACAUGGCUAUGAACUCAAUCUUAAAUCCACAAUAUAUCACUGAUUGGUGAUUGUUUCUCUCCAAAAAUGAAAUAAUAGGCUGAUUUGGUUGUGAUGCUUUGUUAUUUUUUAAUUAUUACUGUACUGUUGACAACAUAAUUGUAAAAUAAAUAAAAUAUGUGUGCAAAAUA